AUGCGCGACAGAUACCUGGAACGCGAAUACCUCUCCAAAUACAAACACUCCCACAUUGUCCUGCUGCGACCGACUAUGUCGUUCAUGCUCAUGCAGACGCCCGAUCCUCAUACAAUCAAGGAUGCUCUGCCAGACUUCACCAACGUCACGCACAUCUUCCUCCCGAUCAACGACAAUAACUCAGUCACGACGGCCGAAGGCGGCACACACUGGUCACUCCUGCUCGUGUCGAUCGUCGACGGCUUUGCCUUCCACUACGACUCCAUGCCGCCCGGGAACCAGAAUGAAGCGCACUUUGUCACCCAGAAGCUGUCCAAGCUGAUCAGCAGGCCGCUGCGCUUCAUCCAACUCAACGACAGCCCUCUGCAGGACAACUCCUCGGAUUGCGGGGUUUUUGUCUGCCUGAAUAUGCGACAUCUCUUGCUGAAGCGACUGCUGAUGGUGCGGACGCAUGAGAAAGUCAGCAUGAGUUUGGGUGACCGGACCGUCGAUGCCAGUGCUGGCCGGAAAGAGAUGUUGCGCAUCAUCGACGAGUUCAGAAGAGAAGGCGAGAGAAGACGAUCGUGA